AUGAAAAACUACCUUUUGAUAGCAUUGGCUGCGGGUGUUCUCGCAUCUCCCACACAGAAUGUGCAGCAGAUCCCAAUUCCAGAAAAGUCCGAGAUGGAAAAUGAUUAUCCAGCUCAGGAGUCCUACAUCGACCAGUUAUAUGGCCCAUUAGUCUCAACCCCAGACUCUUGGCAACACAGAAGGCAAUUGGUUGCCAGUGGUGUCCAAAACUUUAAGGAGGAAGAACAGUUUAUUGAAUCCUUUCCGUUUUCGGACGGACAGUGGCUCACACAGAAUAUACAGAAGAUGCACCUCAACCAGCAGAAAAGCCAUCGCAAUGCAGCACAUUCGGGCUACUUGAAGUACCGGCUGCAAGUGAAGUUUCCAAACAAUGACGAAACCUCUGACAUUUCAAACGACCCAAGCCAUUUUGGCGGCAUUAUCACUUUUGGUGGUUUUGACCACUUUGAUUGUUUCAAUCCCCAGUACUACAAGAAACCCAUUGACAUCGCCAUUGUCGGAGCUCCUUUUGAUACUGGAACCUCAUAUCGACCAGGAGCUCGUUUUGGGCCUGAAGCGAUUCGCCUGGCUGCUCGCAGACUUGGUGGAGGUGUCACACCAGUUCGGGGAAACGGACCGCAAUCCAAACUUGGCCAGGUCGACCCGUACGACCGCAGAACCCACAAUUUGUCGAUAGUCGACUGCGGGGAUGUGCCAAUGACACCGUUUGACAAUCGGAUUGCCCUCAAUCAGCUCUACCGAGGACAAAGAGCAAUACACAACCAUAGUGUGAGUGCUGGGGCGAAACUGGUUCCACAUCCCAAAAUCAUUACAAUGGGAGGAGACCACACUAUCACCUUAAUGGCGUUGCGGUCUGCUUAUGAAAAGUAUGGGAAGCUUGCCGUAUUGCACUUCGACUCUCACAUUGAUACUUGGGAUCCAAAAGUAUUGGGCGGUGGAAUUACUGAUUACAUGUCUUUGAACCAUGGGACUUUCUUGCACUAUGCGGCAGAAAAUGGGUAUUUGGAACAAGGUCAUUGUUUCCAUUUGGGCUUACGAGCACCCUAUAUCCGGCCCUCUUACGAUAAGAAACAUGAUUCCGCUUGUGGUUUCGAAACCAUAAGUGCUAGAGACUUGGACAGACUAGGAAUGCACCAUAUCGUUACGAAGAUCAAAGAAAGUGUGAAGGAUAUGCCAGUAUACAUUUCUGUCGACAUUGAUGUUUUAGACCCGGCCAAUGCCCCAGGUACAGGAACCAUGGAGAUUGGAGGCUGGACCGGUAGGGAAUUGCUUUCUGUCUUGGAUGGUCUUGAAGGCAUCAAUUUAGUUGGAGGCGAUGUGGUGGAAGUAAGUCCGCCUUUCGAUACCAACAGUGAGAUCACGAGUUUAGCAGCAACAGCCGUUAUUGACUCAUUAUUGGGGCUUAUGGUGGUGGAGGAAAUGUAA